GCUCCGGGAAGUGGCCGAGAUUAGAGCCAGCGCGGGCCGCACCGCGCCGCGAGUGUAAGCCCACUUAAGACUGUUUUUAAUACUAGUAUUUUUUACGCGAUCCCGACAGGAUUUAGCGGAUAAGCGACGUCGCCGCGAUCGUGCGCUUUGAUUUAUCGGUUUCAGAUUCGGUUACGGUUUGUUUUCUGGUGUUUACGUUAGUGGGUGACGGCCGGCCGCGGGUGGACGCGCGUAAUCCCGUGGCUUGUACCAGAUUAUGACGGAUAUCAACGGAUUUCGUGUACACACACUGUGAAAAUCGACUUUCCGUGGAAUCAACUUAAACCCGCUGUGGCACGUGUCUCUAUCUGAUUGCAAAAAGACAAUGCCCGCCCGCGCGUAAUCGCACGCGCUUCUUCGCCCCACGAGCCAGCAAGCCAGCAUCAUUCACCUCCGGGUGUACAAGGAGGCGCUAGCGGCCGGUAUGGAGCCGCUAAGCGAAAACGGACUUUGCCUCUCCGAGUUAGAGCUCCAUUCAGGCGGCCAUCUACACGAGUCGGUGGCUGCGUCGGUCGGCUCAGCUAUAUCGAGCCUGAUGGCGCCGCUGCAUCACGAGCCGCAGCACGCGCCGUUACACCACGCGCCGCCCUUGCAUCAUGAGCCGUUGGAGAAACUCAAACUAUGGGCAGAGACUGGCGAAUUUCGGGACAGUGGACAUUCUUCAUUGGCGUCCGCAGGCUCGGGGGUCGACCAGUCGCUGUACGCCCCGCCUCGGCCGCGAAGGGACCGCAAGCACACCGACGACAGUCGCCCCCUAACAUCAGAGCCAACAAUAAAGACGGAGUCCACGACCCCCGGCGUAGGGCCUGACGAACCAUCGAUGGACGACAAAGGGGACAAGAAGAACAAACGCCAGCGACGUCAGCGGACGCACUUCACCAGUCAGCAGCUUCAGGAGCUUGAAGCCACCUUCGCUAGGAACCGCUACCCUGACAUGUCCACGAGGGAAGAGAUCGCGAUGUGGACCAACCUUACGGAAGCGAGAGUUAGGGUCUGGUUUAAAAAUCGGAGGGCGAAAUGGCGGAAACGGGAAAGGAACGCAAUGAACGCCGCCGCAGCCGCAGCAGUCGAUUUCAAGAACGGUUUCAGCACGCAAUUCAACGGGUUGAUGCAGCCGUUCCCGGACACGGACGCGCUGUAUUCGUCGUAUCCCUACAACAACUGGGCGGCGAAGGUGCCGAGUCCGCUGGGCACGAAGAGUUUCCCGUGGCCGGUGAAUCCACUGGGCUCGGUGGUGCCGGCGAGCCAUCACCAGGGGUCCGUGAACUGUUUCAACACUGCAACAUCGAUGGGUGGAGUCGGGGGCGGCGGGAUGGCGGGUGUUGCUGGGUCGGCGGGUGUAGGUGGCGGCGUGGCGCCUUGUCCUUACACGGCGCCGCCGAACCCGUACAGCAUGUACCGCGCAGAACCGUGCGCGGCGAUGUCUUCAUCCAUCGCGCAGCUGCGGUUGAAGGCGAAGCAGCACUCGUCUGGUUUCGGCGGGGGGUACGGGACGGUGUCGCCGGUGUCUCGCGCCGGGUCGGCGCCGCUGUCGGCGUGCCAGUACGCGGGCGGCGUGGGGGUGUCGGACCGCGUGCUCUGAGACGAGGCGCGCGGGCGCGAGGAGGCGCGCUCGCCGCCGGGCAUGCGUGCAUAGUCGCCGCCCGCGCGCGCUCCCGACGCUGCCGCUGCGCCCGCGCACGGCCUCUACAGGCACCUGUGGGACUGGUUCGACUGAGGCGUCGUGCUUGACACGGUGCUACUCUGAGAUGGCUUUCACCAAAUUCUUUGACUACAAAGAAUACCUACGUUUCUAAUUACUAAGAGCAACCUUGACGACUUGAGAAAAAGAACCUGAUUAGUCUCAGUUCUUCGUUUUUCAGGCAAACGACCUUUCAUGUAGAUAUCUAAAUCAUGAAAAUUACCUAUCUAAUAACAAGAAAUAACUUUUUCCUGAAAUGUAACUCCUAUUUAUAGACCUGUAGUAGCUUAUUUUGUUUAGAAAUUUUAAUUGCGUUUUGUUUGAGGAUAAUGUGUAGGUAAUUGGAUUUGAGGAUUUUUAUUCCUUUGCGUGAACUCUUUAAUUCGUCAAUGGAUAAAUAAAUUCACUAUGAAAUAGUUAAGAGUAGGCGCACACCGUUGAUUUUUCGUCGGCCGAUAGUUUAGUCGGGCAGUUGAUCAGUAUGGGCAUGUAUGGGAGUGCGCACACUACGCCGAUUCGAUUUGGCCGAUUCUUCAUACAAUUUAAAAUCGGGCACAACUAUCGGCCAACUAAAAAUCAACGGUGUGCGCCUACUCUAAUAGUUACAUUUUAUUAAACAGUCGUCAUGGUGUUUGGUGCAGGUCAUCCCAUAUAAGAACAGUGAUCAUUGUUGAGUGACUUUUUAGACGUCAUCGAUUGUCAUAUGUUUGUGUAAGAGACACGUCGUUCCGGGACAGUCUGCGGUUUAAGGGAGUGAUUCGCGUUUAUUAUAAUAAUUAUUAUUUAAUAAUUAUCUUCACUUAUUGUAAAGGUUCGUUACGAAACAUCGGGCAAUAAUGUUAACGAUUUGUGUUAAUGUAAAUAUGUAGUUAUGUAUGUACGUAUACCAAAGCGAUGUGUGCAAUUUUUUAUAAGCUUAAAAUAUACUUUAGGUGUAAGUUGUACGUAAUUUUAAGUAUGUAGCUUGGUACUGGAAAUUGUAAAUAUGAAAGCACAAGUAUUCUUUCAUGGAAUACCUCCACAGGAUAAUCAUUUUGUUAUACAUAUAAGUAAGUACCUUCAAACUUAAAAGAAGCGGGUGGUUUUUUUUGUUAACAGAACAGAAAAAGCAUACAAAUCAGUGGUACAAAUAUAAUGAUACCAAAGUAUUUUAUUUAACCAUAUUAUUGAAGAUUACGCUAAUAACCGCGAUUAAGAACAUAUUUUUUCGUAUUUUAACAGUUCUAUAGAAAAUUAAAUCUUUGUGUUGUACUGUAUGAAAUAUUUGCAUUUAUCAGCUAAUUACCAAAAUAAUAUAAGAAUGAGAUUUUUUACAAACUAAAGUGUACAUAUUUUACUAUUAUUAUAACAACAAAAGCUUAGUAAAUUAAUUUAAGAGUUUUAUUUUCAAAGAAAACAAAGACAACUUUACGAAAUGUAAGAUUAACGAAAGUUGAUCGUUAUUUGUUUUACGUUUUUGUUUUAUUUUAUUUAGCAAAUGGUGUAGUAUGGCGUAGUAGACAUCUGAAUUUAAAAUAAUAUCCAGUGUUUUGACUGCUUGAUAUUUUUAUACGAUAAAUUGUUUGUUUUACAUAGAAAGUUCUGUUUACAUCUUGAUAUUCUUGAUGCAUGAAUACAAACAUACAUCUUUUGCGGCUUAAAAUUCAUGGUGAUAAGAGGAUACAUAUCUAAGAUUGAAGAAAAUGGACAGAUUAAUAGACGACAAAUAAACGUUAUAAUAGAAAUUAAUUUUCAAUUUGUGCUGAUUUUAAACUAACGCGUCAACUCUACUUGGACACUUCACUUACACAGUUCAUUGACACAAAUAAUAAUCAAUUAACUUAUUAGCAAAAUAUAUUUAGUUUUAUCAUUAUUACUAUGUGAAAUGUAUCAAAGAGCUGUGUCUUAUACAACUUGCUACAUGUAUUCUAAGAGGACGACGCAGUAGAGUUAACUUACAGACACAGUAACUUCAAUAGCAUUUUGCGAAUGUGAUUUUAUUUCAGUGUACGAAUAUUACGCUAAUAAUACCGAAUCAGCAUAAACACAAUUGCAAUACACAAAUGCCACAUAACCUAUCCAAAACUACAUAAUAAAUGUACUUAAUGAAAUUAACAUGAAAAUAGCCGCCUCCACAUGAGAUUAAAGUAACCAGGAUCUCAUAAUUUAUUUAAAUAUUUAUAUAACGCCCACAUGAAUUGUAAAUAAAUGUAACUACCUAGUUGUUAACAUAGAACUUAGGUUACAACACGAAUUAGAGUACCUACUUCUGUGUGCCUAAUGAAAUGAUCAGUGGAAAAUGAAUAAGUACUUAUUUUCACGACGAAUAUAAUAUUUGUAUAUUUACUGCCCUUUCAUUCUUGUAUAUUAACAGUUUAUAAUUUAUAUACAGUCACCAAUAUAUUAAACUAUACAUCUUAACUGCAAUAUAACGUAUAUUACAAGUAAAUAAAAUGCUUUAGUAUAAUGUUGUUGGCCCUCUGUAUUAAAAUCAAGGCAAAGAAUAACUAAAAUGUAUAAAAAAUUCGUCGUGAAGAAGAGUGUUUCGUAUGAAAAUUGUAAAUACAUUUGACGUAUCUUAAUAUUAAUACGAAAGAUAUCGAGGUUUUCGUUUUAUACAUAUCAAACAAAAUAUCUACGAACUGCAAUAGUUUGUUGAUUUUUUUGUAAUAUAAGGAAAUAACGAUUGUUUUGUAACUUAAAACCUCUAGUCAUAAUAAAAAAUGUCACCGAGUCA